AUGCUUACCGCUGUCGGAGUUGGAGUGCGGGUUGUGGAUGAUGCGGAUGCGGCGCUAGAGUCGGAGCGAGAUGGACAGAUAGAGGGAGUUUGGAGGGAGAGAGAGAGAGAUGCUCUACCGCUGUCGGAGUUGGAGUGCGGGUUGUGGAUGAGAGAGAGAGAGAGAGAGAUGCUUACCGCUGUCGGAGUUGGAGUGCGGGUUGUGGAUGAUGCGGAUGCGGCGCUAGAGUCGGAGCGAGAUGGACAGAUAGAUGAGAGAGAGAGAGAGAGAGAGAGAGAGAUGCUUACCGCUGUCGGAGUUGGAGUGCGGGUUGUGGAUGAUGCGGAUGCGGCGCUAGAGUCGGAGCGAGAUGGGACAGAUAGA